AUGAAACUUCUACCCGACAUGAUGAAUAUAAGAACUCCACUCAUCAGACAAAUACGACUUCUGAGCUUCUUACAAACUCUUGAUGUUGGAGCUUGUUCCAAGAUGUGUGUCGAUAAACAGGAAAUUGCUGCUACUAUGAAACAUGCUACUGUGGAUAAUGCUAUUGUGAAUAUCCCUGAACUUGUUGAUGAAGAUCAUGCUAGUAGUGAUGAUUCAAAACUUGAGGAUGACAACAACAUGAUAAUUGGAAAUUUUGUGAGCAACAAGUCUAAAAUGAAGUAUAUGUCUAGUGAUUGGAAUGACAAUAUAUAUAAUAUUGGUCAAGCUUUCAUUGGUGGUGCAGUCGAAUUUCGGGAUAAGUUGUGCAAGUUUGCAGUUGAAAAGUGGUUUGAGUUUAACUAUGUUAAGAAUGACAGGUGCCGUGUUAGUGCUACUUGUGCCAAGAAAGAUUCCGAUGGGUGUGAAUGGUACGUUUAUGCUUCCUCAAACAAGGCUAGUGGUUAUUUCCAUAUAAUAAAGUUGGUGAAUAAUCAUUCUUGUGUUGGUGUUGUCCGGUAUCAAAAUCAUAAGAGGCUAGGAUCCAAAGUUAUUUCCACUAUUAUGGCUGAUAAAGUGAGAUCCGAUCCUUUGAUUAAGCCCAAGGAUAUUGUCAAGCAUUUCAAGCAUGAUUAUGGGUUUGAUAUUCCUUAUCACAUGGCAUAUAGGGGCAAGGAGGCUGCUAAUAAGAUGUUACAUGGUAGUGAAGCAUUUGGGUAUUCUCUAUUGCCUUGGUAUAUUAAUACAUUAAAGAGAACUAACCCCGGUUCAUACUGCAUCCUCGACUCUCUUGAUAAUCGUUUUCGUCGAUUGUUUAUAUCUUAUGGGGCUUGCAUAAACGGCUUCAAAUAUUGUCGACCUAUGUUGUUCCUUGAUGGGACUUUUAUUAAAAACAAGUAUAAGGGGAUGCUAUUGGGUGCUUGUGCUAAAACAGGGAACAAAGAUGUUUUCCCAUUUUCCUUUGCCAUUGUUGAUGCUGAAAGUAAAGAGAAUUGGAGGUGGUUCCUUGAACAUUUGACAAUAAUCUUGGCAAGACUACCAGAUUAUUGUAUUCAUGACAGACCGCAGAGCUGGUAUCCAAGUUCCUAUGGUUCUACUUUUAAGGAACACAUUGUGAGAUUGUUUACACAAGCUGCAUAUGCUAGGACUUUAGAUAUCUUCAAUGAAAAGUUGGAAGAAUUUAGGAAGAAAAGUCGUGGGCAAGGUCAGUCCUUUCUUUCUAACUUGCCACCCGAAAACUAUGCUAUUGCUUGCUUCCCUGCUAAAAGAUAUGGCGAAAUGAGUAAUUCUUUGGCAGUGAGCUUCAACAACAUGGUCAAGGAUGAGAGAUGCAUGCCGCUGCCUCAGUUGCUUGAAGGCAUUCGUGUGAGAGUUAUGGAGAUGUUUUGUGAAAGGAAGGUUUAUUCUUCUACUUGGAGGAGUGUGCUAUGUCCUAAGCUUGAGAAAAAGUUGUCGAAAAGGAUAGAAACAGGGAGAAAUUGGAGAGUUAGCCAGUCUACUAAUGAUAUUUUUGAAGUUUGUACAGAGGAUAGCACCGUCAUGAUGAACUUGGUUGAGAGGGAGUGUUCUUGUGCUUGGUGGCAGUUUAGGUGCUUUCCAUUCCCGGAUCUUGAUAAGCCCAAUCCUAGUAGUUUUGGUGAUUCAGCUUUGCAGCCUCCCAAGACUCGAAAACCUCCCGGAAGACCAUGGACAAGGAGGAUCAAGUCGUUUGGGGAAGAGUCCAGACCAGUGAGAUGCACAAGGUGUGAUCAACUUGGCCACCACAACCGCAGGUCAUGCAAUGUGGUUAUCUGA